GCAUUAGUCUUUUUGUAAAAUAUAUUCUUUGUAAUAUGAGACUUUCUAUAAUACGAAAAAUAGCUUUAAAAAUACGAGAUCAAUUAAGCCAAACAAAUUUCGUUGAUAACGAAGCCGAACGUAUAAUGAUGCAAAGCGAUGUAAAGAUUGAUUUAUCGAUUGAAUAUUUGGAAAAGCGAAUUAAACAGACGAUCCUCGCUGCACAACAGAGACGUCUUGGCACUCUUACCGCUUACAGAGAUUCCAUUGAGAGUUCUGAAUUUUUUAAGAAAACAUUCAGAAGAGCCGAAAUAAUUUUCGAAAGCUUAAAUAGUUUAUGUAAUAUGGCUGAGGAUUUGGAUUUUUAA